UUGAACUAAACAAUAGAAUAUGGGGGUGGUUUUUUGCGGUUUUUAGAAAAAAUUACCAAUUGCUAAUUUAAUUAUAUUGAUGACAAUGUGCCAAGUGUAAAUAAGCUAACGAAAUUAUGCAAUAACACUAAUUGCAAUUACCACACACCAGUAACAAGAGCAGCAGCAACAACAACAACAACAAUAACAUGUCCGCAUCAUUCUGGAGCUUGUGUCUGGCAUUGUUGUUCCUGCUGGUGCUCGGCACACCGGCCAUAUCAUCGCGUGUCCUGGAGCUGAGCGAUCGCUUUAUCGACGUACGCCAUGAGGGCCAAUGGCUGGUCAUGUUUUAUGCACCGUGGUGCGGCUAUUGCAAGAAAACGGAGCCGAUCUUUGCGCUCAUCGCGCAGGCUUUGCACGCGACCAAUGUGCGUGUGGGUCGGCUGGAUUGCACCAAAUAUCCGGCAGCAGCCAGGGAAUUCAAGGUGCGCGGCUAUCCAACCAUAAUGUUCAUCAAGGGCAACAUGGAGUUCGUAUAUAAUGGGGAUCGCAGCAAGGACGAGCUGGUCGACUAUGCGCUGCGCAUGUCCGGGCCGCCAGUGCAGCUGGUCACGCGCACGGACAGCGUGGACAUGCUGAAGGGCUCGCACACGAUCUUCUUUAUGUUUGUGGGGCCGCAGCAGGGCAUUGUCUGGGACACGUACUAUGCCGCCGCCGAGGGCUAUCAGGAGCACGGCUUCUUCUAUGCGACCAGCGAGGAUAUUGCCGCACAGCAUUUCGAUUUUGAGCAAUUGCCCGCGGUGAUUGUGUACAAGGAGGAACAGCAUCAUUUCUAUCCACACGGUCAUGUGGCGCACGAAAUGGAUCCGAACGAUGUCAAUGAAACCAUUUUCCAGUGGGUCAAUGUGGAGCGCUUUACGCUCUUCCCGAAGGUGACGCGUUUCAAUAUCCAUCAGCUGCUCAAGACCAAAAAGUUCCUGGUGCUUGCCGUCGUCCAGGAGGACAAACUCAGUCAGAUAGCCACACAUGAGCUGGAGUUUCGUGACAUGGUCGAGGGCGUCAUACGCAAGCAUCGUCCGCGCUAUCAUGAUAAAUUCCAGUUCGGCUGGAUUGGCGAACCGUCGAUAGCACAUUCCAUUAUAUUGGACCAAUUGCCCACGCCCCAUUUGAUAGCGUUGAACUCGACGACGCAGCAUCAUUAUCUGCCCGAGGACGAUCCGCUGCAGAUGACGCCGCAGGCUCUGCACCUAUUCCUCGAGUCCAUCGGCAAUGAGAGCGCCACAGCCUACGGCGGCGACACCUAUUUCGUGCGCGUUAAUCGGGCGCUCUUCGAGCUGAAGCGCUCCCUGCGCGAGAUGUGGCGCGGCAAUCCCGUGCUAAUGACCGUCAUCUUUGGCCUGCCGCUGGGCUUUCUAUCGCUGAUCAUGUACUCGAUUUUCUGUGGCGACUGUCUGGUCACCGAGGAGGAGCAGGACGAGGAUCACGAGAAGAAGGAGUAGAACUGGCUGCUGCAAAAAAUUCAUUUCAAUCUCGUGCUCUCAUUUCUCACCAUGCACUUUACGUAAUGUACUUUUGCAUAAAGCCAAAAUCUAGUCUUAGUUUAAACGACAUAAACUACAUUUUGCUUUUAGAGAUUCCGUUUCGUGAUUUCGUGUGCGAUGCGUAUUCUUUAACUGUGUGUGUUUAUUUGUUGUGUAUCUAUUCAUGUCGCCUUGUUUGAGUUUAAACGAAUUGAUGAAAAUUUUGUAUUCCGUAUUCACAGGGUCGUUCCCUCAACUUCGCGACUUGGCCAAGAGAUAUCGAGUUUUUGUGGUAGCUUUUUACACUUGCUGAAAGUUUUAUAACUUUGUCAAGAAGUACUUUAUUUUAGAUAAGUCACGUCUGUCUGUUUUUAUGUGAACUACUCCCUCAUGGUUAUCUUUUUAAAACACUUCAAAGAUUCGUCUUUUUAUCAGCUGUCGCUGGUAUUAAAAGUAGAAAAUUGAGUUUGUAUAUGAGAAACCUAAUUGAUUUUCGAACUACGAGCUUCACAUUGCCAACAUAUGGCCGAGCGAAGUUUGAUCAAUAUCGUUAGACUAUGGCACAAUUGGCAUAAGUAAACAUAAAGCCCUUUAGUUUUUCCAAGACAAGAAGUAACUAAUUUAGAAUCGAACUUCUAUAUCAUAUAGUUCUAUUAGAAACUCACGACUGGGAAACAUGAACAACUUUUUGAUUUCCAAGACUUCUUAGCCAAAAUCAACUCUUCAGCUCAACUCUUUCAUACAUCUCUCUGAUAGAAACCUUUAGCAAUAUAUUUCCAUAUAUGGCAAGCUCUCAAAAUUUGUCUGCAAGCAUACAUAUAAGAGCUGCGACAUCCUGAGACAUUUCGACAUUUUGUUUAGUUUAAUAAAGAUUAGUUGAUAAUUUCGUAGAAUCUGUAAA